CAGCUGAGUUCUGGACACAUUUUCUCAGUUUGUGUUUUCCUGUUUGGUUCCUGGCUUUCAAAGAUGUGCUCUGAAGCUCGGAUAGGAACACUUGGAGCUGGAGAAGACCUGAUGCCUUGCAUGGUCUGGCCACCUGCCUAUGGUGAAGGCUGUCGUACUGUCCCGCUCUCUGGACACGUAGGAUUUGACAGUUUGCCUGACCAGCUGGUUAAUAAGUCAGUUAAUCAUGGGUUUUGUUUCAACAUCCUGUGUGUGGGGGAAACUGGCCUUGGUAAGUCCACCCUCAUGGACACCCUUUUCAACACCAAGUUUGAAGGUGACCCAGCAUCUCACUCACAGCCCGGGGUUCAGCUGAAAUCCAGUACCUACGACCUGCAGGAGAGCAAUGUCAACCUCAAACUGACUAUUGUGAGCACAGUGGGCUUUGGGGAUCAGAUCAACAAAGAGGACAGCUAUAAGCCCAUCGUUGAGUUCAUUGAUGCUCAGUUUGAAGCCUACUUGCAAGAAGAACUGAAGAUAAGAAGGGUCCUGCACAACUACCAUGACACCCGCAUCCACGCCUGCUUGUACUUCAUUGCUCCGACAGGACACUCGCUGAAAUCCCUGGACUUGGUAACAAUGAAGAAGCUCGACAGCAAGGUGAACAUCAUUCCCAUCAUUGCCAAAUCUGACGCCAUUUCCAAGAGUGAGCUGACCAAGUUUAAAAUUAAAAUCACAAGUGAACUGGUCAGUAACGGGGUUCAGAUCUACCAGUUCCCAACAGAUGAUGAAUCGGUGGCAGAGAUAAAUGGGACAAUGAAUGCCCACUUGCCAUUUGCAGUGAUCGGGAGCACGGAGGAGCUGAAAAUAGGAAACAAAAUGAUGAAAGCUCGUCAGUACCCCUGGGGCACAGUGCAGGUGGAGAAUGAAGCUCACUGUGACUUUGUGAAGCUGCGGGAGAUGCUGAUCCGCGUGAACAUGGAGGACCUUCGUGAGCAGACCCACACCCGCCACUACGAGCUGUACCGGCGGUGCAAACUGGAAGAGAUGGGGUUCAAGGACACCGAUCCAGACAGCAAACCCUUCAGCUUACAAGAAACUUAUGAAGCCAAAAGAAAUGAGUUUCUGGGGGAACUGCAGAAAAAGGAAGAGGCAAUGAGGCAGAUGUUUGUCCAGAGGGUCAAGGAGAAAGAAGCAGAGCUGAAGGAGGCUGAAAAAGAGCUGCAUGAAAAGUUUGAUCGCCUGAAGAAAUUACAUCAGGAUGAAAAAAAGAAGCUAGAGGAUAAGAAGAAGUCUCUGGAUGAUGAAGUAAAUGCAUUUAAACAAAGGAAGACAGCAGCUGAAUUGCUUCAGUCUCAGGCUCAGCAGGCUGGAGGAUCGCAAACUCUUAAAAGGGAUAAGGAAAGGAAAAAUAACCCAUGGCUCUGUACUGAGUAAUUACCCCAGAAUACAAUGGGCUGGAGUGGACCUUCAUUUACUUGUUAAAUCGGAGGGUCUAAUAAAACAUGACAGCAUUUCAGCUGUGACCUUUCCAGGGUGUUACCCUUGCUCUCUCCUAUAUCCUCGUUGUGAUUCUGUCUUUCCUAUGUACUCAUGGUUAUUGCUUUUAUUAAACAAUGUAAAAUUAGUGCUAACAAGGUUUCGGAUGCUGCAACUACCAAUCCUACCAUACUUUUUUCCCCUACAAUUAAUGGAUUAUCCUUUUUCUUGGUCUCUCUCUACCUAGAUAGAUAAGGGAUAGGGAAAUAAGUUCUGUGAGUUAUUUUUGCUGGCAAAAUAACAACGCAGUUUAAAUGUAUUUAUUGGUGACGUUAAAAUGACAACACCACCUUAGUUUAAUUAUCACAUAGUUUAGAGAUAAAGCACUCUUUUCUCUUUAAACUUGGUGUCAUUUUCAUGGCUUCAUCUGUCCUUUAAAAUUUUCUUUUAUUUUUUUCUGUUGCUAGUUCAUGCUCCUUGAAGACUAGCAUGUAAAUCCUCAUUUCCAUUUCAGAGUUCCUUGUUGUGACCCUGAUUCUUCAGUCGUGCUGUGGGCGGGCUCAGUGCUCUGUGUGUGGGGGUGAAUCCACACCUCAUGCCCAUGCUGAAAGAUCAGGAUGCAUUGCUGCCAAACAGCCUCAACAAAAACCCUCCAAACCCUGGGUUUUUAGGAGAUAAGCUCAUGUCAGGCCUAGCCCUGAUAGGUGGUCUUGUUUUAGUGCAAGCUGCUGCUCAGAGUUUUCCUGGAGAAGUGCUCUGGGUGAUGCCAAAGGCCCACGAGCAGUUCCAGCACAGUGCCAGCCCAGCUCCUGCUCACAGCAGCAGCUGCCCAGAUCACACUAAGGUCUGGUCUCCGUUUCCAGCAGUCAGGGCAGUCCAAACUCUUGAUUGCAAUGUAUUUUCUCAGGUAUUCUGUUUCACCAUAAACACAAUUUCAUGUCCCAUAGAACUCUUUGAUUGCUUUGUGGUUCAUUUGGGGGGUUUUAGGAAGUUAAAAUAAUUUGAAUAUUUACUUCUUCCUCUACUGUUGCAUGUUACCCUGCUCCCCAAACCAGUCAAUAUCAGUCUGUGAAGGAUUUCUAGAUUACCUGCUAAAUAACCAUUUAAUGUUGCUUUUUUUACCGUACUGCAGGUCAUUGACUGUUCUUCCUGACCAUUUGCCUUAUUAGAAAGUUAUUUAAAGUUAUGCAAAGUCUUUAAAAAGACUUUAAAGAAAAAAGGGGUUUUAUAUGUGUGGUUUCUGAAGUACUUGAGGGUACCACAAGGAGAUGCCAUCUCUCCUCUGUCAGCUGUUUUCAUGUUGCAUCUCUUUUUCUUGCUUUUUGAGUGUCUUUCUCUUUUUUUGCUAAUCUUCUGGUUUUUUCUCUUUUUUUUCCCCUUUUCUCUCU